UUAAACCUAAAAGAGGUUUAGGGUUCUUCGAUGGAAGAAGAAGCAGCCAAGGCGACGAAAAGAAAGAAGAAUGUAGCGGUGGAGGAGAAGGAGGAGAAGAAAGGCGUGUGCUAUCUCAGCCGGAUUCCACCGCAUUUGAAGCCGCUCAAGCUGCGCCAUCUUCUCUCGCAGUAUGGCGAUGUUUUGCGAGUGUAUCUCGUCCCGGAAGAUCCGGCCGCGAGGAAGCGCAGGAAGCGAGCUGGAGGGAACACCGGCAAGAAUUUCACUGAAGGGUGGGUGGAAUUCUCGAAGAAGAGCGAUGCAAAGCAUGUAGCAAAACUAUUAAAUGGAGAACCGAUGGGUGGGAAGAGACGAUCAGCUUAUUACUACGAUCUCUGGAACAUCAAAUACUUGAGAAAGUUCAAGUGGAACCAUCUAACAGAAGAAAUUGCUUACAGGAAAGCCGUUCACGAUCAAAAGCUUGCGGCCGAGAUCUCUGCGGCCAAGCGCGAGCGAGAUUUCUACCUUGCUCGGGUUGAUCAAUCCAAAACCAUCAAAGCUAUUCAAGAAAAGAAGAAACGUAAGGCCGGCGACGAGGCUGGUCCGCAAGAUGAGACGAGCCGGAAAACGCUGCGAAGGUUUUCUCAAACAAAAUCAGUCGGCAAGAGUGAAGAGGACCAGGCAACUCGACUAGAUCUCAAGGUUUUAGCAGGGGUCUUUGUGCAAAACGAAGAGCAAACUUGAAGCAAAGAACUUAGUUUGCAAAAAGGGAGUUUAGCUAUAAAAGACCUUUAAGGUUGUCGACAAGAACAUAGACCCCAAGACGACGUGAACAGCUCCCUGAUCACUUUUGAGUUGGUAGGGCUGUUACAAGCGUUGGAGAUCAUUAGUUUGGAGUAGUGGAGGACAUUAUUGAUAGGUAAUGUUGCUUAAAAAAUUUUAUUAGCCUCGGUUGAUAGGUGUAAUAUUUUUGUUGAUGGUGUAAGUUCACUUUUACAAGAUGAAAAGUUAUCAAAGAUAUAUUUGCAGUU